ACCAAUGGAGAUUCUCGUCAAAACAAAGACGGGGAACUACCUCGGAGCAGGGACCUACGGGACAGUGUACAUCAACUUUGUGGACUCCGGUGGAAAGGAAUCUGGUGACCUGAGUCUUGACGUAUGGUUACAAUAUGAUCACCAAAGGGGGACAGAGGGAGAGUACACUUUGCAGUGUGGUGACAUGACGCCCCCUAUUCAGGAGCUGAAGUUAUCACUGGGCAACUGGGCACCGGGUGACGCCUGGUUCUGCAACUCUCUUUCCGUUCAGUUUGAACCAAAGAGCAACGGGCCGACUUUCUACUUCCCUGUGGAUCGCUGGCUUGCACCAGGUACCUCUGUGUGGCUGGUUCCAGGCGGUUGUGUCCUCCCUCAGCACGAGAAGCGGACCCAUCAGAGGCAGACUGAGCUCAAAGUGAUGCGGGAGCGCUACGACUCCUUCAACCCCGUGGAAGGCCUUCUGCCAAUGCUGAAGAAGCUACCUAUUGAGGCGUCGUUUUCAGAUAAGCAAACGCUCGCCCUGGCGGAGUCGGUGGCUAUUCUUGGCAUGACAAACGUGGGCAUACUGCUGGGAAAGUUUCUCAGUCAGGACGGCCGAUGGGACUCGUUCGACAGCAUAGAGCAAAUCUUUCCACUAGGGAAAGUGCCGAAGGGGAAAGCUCAUUGGAGGACCGACGAGAAUUUCGGUUGGCAGCGCCUGGCAGGAGUCAACCCUACAUCCAUCCGUCUGUGCACGGAGAUCCCAAAGGGGUUUGGAGUGACGGCUGAAAUAGUUGAGCCUUUCCUGCAAGGUCUGAAGCUGGAAGAUGCCAUCCAGAAGAAGCGGCUGUACUACGUGGAUCAUACCAUCAUGGCGGCCACCUCCAUGGCCAACACCACGAAGGCCAGGCCAAUGUGCGCUCCAUUCGGCCUGUUCUUCGUCAAUGACAAGAAGGACCUCGUACCGGUGGCCAUCCAACUGUACCCAAACGAAGGGGGACAACAACACCCGGUGUUCCUGCCGAAUGACCCACCUAACAUGUGGCGAAUGGCCAAGAUGUGGUUCAACUGCGCAGAUGCGAACUACCAUGAGGCCGUGCCUCAUCUUGGUUUCACGCAUCUUCUUGUUGAGGCCUGCAACCUGGCGGCCAAGCAAAACCUGUCCAUCUCACACCCGAUGCACCGCGUCUUGGAGCCGCAUUUCAUCUACAUGUUCGCCAUCAACAAUCUGGCCCUGGGUACGUUGAUGGCCAAGGGUGGCGGUUUGGAUCAAACUACCCAGAUCGGAGCACAGGGAAGCUUUGAGCUCAUCAGGAGAAGGGUGAAAACUUGGCGUCUCGAUACUGAUGGUACUCUGCCAAAGGACCUCAAAAACCGUGGCGUUGACAACGCAGACGAUCUGCCCAACUACUACUAUCGCGACGAUGCUCUUCCCAUCUAUGAGGUUAUCAAGAACCAUGUCACUAAAGUUGUGGGACACUUCUAUAGUCCCGAUGGAAACUCUACCAAACUGAACGAGGAUAGCGAGAUUCAGAAUUUCGCAAAAGCUCUUGUUGACAGUGGAAUCCAGGGGGUUCCUGGGAACGGUACAUUGUCCAACGUGAAUCAGCUGAUCCAGAUCCUGACCUCCAUCAUCUUCACCGCCAGUGUGCAGCACGCAGCCGUCAACUUCAUGCAGUGGGACCAGUACGCCUUCGUACCCAACAUGCCGCUCGUGCUGGAGGGAGAACCUCCGAGGACUAAGGACAUGCUGACGGAAGAAGACGUCCUGAACGCACUGCCUGGGAAGUUUCAAACUGUGAUGAUCAAUUUGCUGACAGGAGUCCUGAGCGAGCGCGCAACGCAGCCUCUCGGGCAAUUUGAGGUCAAGUACUUCCAGGGGCAAAAGGCGGAAAGAGUCAUUGAUACCUUCAACCAAGACCUGGUCAAAAUCGCACUGGAUAUCGAGCACAAGAACUCUACUGAGCGUUCGCAGCCGUAUGACUACCUGGAUCCGCGAGAGAUUCCCAACGCCAUCAGCAUCUAACUGGAGAUUCCCAACGCCAUCGGCAUCUAACUUGAGAUUCCCAACGCCAUCAGCAUCUACCUGGAGAUUCCCAACGCCUUCAGCAUCUAACUGGAGAUUCCCAACGCCAUCAGCAUCUAACUGGAGAUUCCCAACGCCAUCAGCAUCUAACUGCUCAGUUCGCACCAGCAGUUUUCUGUAAGGUGCAAAA